AUGAAAAGAUCCAGUAAAGUCCCCUCUUUUCUUGUUUUUAUACUAUGUUUUCUGCGUGUUGUCCGGAUUUCCAGUUCGGUCGACACAAUAAACUCGAGCCAUGUCCUUAGAGACGGCCAAACACUAGUCUCCUCCACACGAAUUUUCGAGCUCGGGUUUUUCAGCCCGCCCGGCACCUCCACGAAUCGAUACUUCGGGAUAUGGUACAAGAACAUAACACCUCAGACCAUCAUUUGGAUUGCUAACCGCGAAUCCCCUCUAACAAACAAAACCACCGGCUUCCUCACACUCAACUCUUCCGGCCAGUUGCUCAUCCGGGACGAAACAACUAACCGAACAAUAUGGUCCUCAAAUAACAACACAUCAUCAAGAGCACCCACGAACCCCACAGCCCAAUUGCUCGACUCGGGAAAUCUCGUCAUCCGAGAAGCGAAUAGUCGUAACUACCUGUGGCAAAGCUUCGACUUUCCAACCGACACAUUCGUCCCGGGAAUGUCGGUCGGGACAAACCGUCUGACCGGAGAAGAUAAACACCUCACAUCGUGGAAGUCGGAAAACGACCCCUCCCCGGGGGAUUUCACGAUUGGCAUGGACAUCACGGGAUACCCACAGAUCGUCAUCAGAAAUCGCGGGGCCCUCGAGAACAGGCUUGGGCCAUGGAAUGGGCUGCGAUUUAGCGGAAUGCCCAACGUGAAACAGAAUAGCACGAUGACUGCAACAGUUUUUAUGAACGACAUUGUGGCUUACUACUCGGGAUUUGCUGUAGAUGGCAUGGUUUUCUCGAGGUUCACGUUGACCCACAGUGGAGUCGGGCAGCAGCAGACUUGGGUGAACUUGAGCCAGGAGUGGGUCGAUUUCUACAAGUUCCCGGCAGAUAUAUGUGAUAGUUACAGGCUAUGUGGCGCGCAUGGCAAUUGUAAUAAUGAUAAUUAUCCGGUUUGCGGUUGCCUCAAGAGGUUUGUGCCGAAAGACGAGGCGAGCUGGCUAAGAUCCGACUGGUCGAGCGGGUGUGUGAGGAGGAGCCCGUUGAACUGUAGAGAUGAUGUGUUUUUGAGAUAUUCGGGGAUUAAGUUGCCGGAUUCGAGGUACACUUGGUUUAACGAAAGCUUGAGCCUGAAGGAAUGCAAGGAAGUGUGUUUGAGGAAUUGUAAUUGUACGGCUUACACGAAUAUGGAUAUACAGACUGGGAGAGGGUGCCUGAUUUGGUUUGGAGAUUUGGUUGAUAUGAGAGAUUUGCCUGAAGAGCAGCAAGUGAUUUACAUCAGAAUGGCUGCUUCUGAAUUAGUCGAUCUUUGUCUUGCAAAUGACACAGGUUCGAAAGGGAUGAGACGGAUUCUCAUUGCUAUUUUGACAUCACUGGGAGGACUUCUUCUACUGGGAAAGAGCCUGGCAUUUCUUAUUUGGAAGAGGAAAAAGAGUAAUCAAGAACAGAGGAAAGAAGAUAAAACUGAAGACUUAGAACUUCCCAUCUAUGAUUUAUCGACAGUAACUAUAGCAACCAAUGGUUUCUCAGAGGGCAACAAGCUUGGGGAAGGUGGAUUCGGGCCUGUUUACAAGGGAAUGCUGGAAGGUGGCAAGGAAAUAGCUGUUAAACGACUGUCAGAAACUUCUUCUCAAGGACUCGAUCAGUUCAAGAAUGAAGUUAUCUGCAUCGCCAAGCUUCAACACCGGAAUCUUGUGAAGCUUCUAGGUUGCUGCCUUGAAGAAAAUGAAAAGAUGCUGAUUUACGAAUACAUGCCUAACAAAAGCCUGGAUAUCAUCCUAUUUGAUAAAACAAAAGGCCAACAGCUCGAUUGGCCAAAGCGCUUUCAUAUAAUCAAUGGUAUUGCCAGGGGACUAUUAUACCUUCAUCAAGAUUCUCGGCUAAGAAUUAUACAUAGGGACCUCAAAGCCAGCAAUGUAUUGCUUGAUAACGAUCUGAAUCCAAAAAUAUCAGACUUCGGCAUGGCCAAAAUUUUUGGAGGGAACGAGACAGAAGCCAACACAAGACGAGUUGUAGGAACAUAUGGCUAUAUGUCACCAGAAUAUGCAGUCGAUGGCAUGUUCUCACUAAAAUCAGACGUAUACAGCUUCGGUGUUUUAGUGCUAGAAAUCGUAAGUGGCCAGAAAAACAGAGGCUUUCAUCACAAGGAUCAUCAUCACAACCUUGUAGGGCAUGCAUGGUUGCUAUACAAAGAAGGAAGGUCCUUGGAACUAGUUGACCGCAACAUAGCGAACUCAAUUUACUUGUAUGAAUUACUACGGUCAAUCCAUGUGGCUCUAUUGUGUGUGCAACAACGUCCAGACGAUAGGCCGAGCAUGUCCUCAGUGGUUUUAAUGUUGGGCAGUGGAGGAGUUUUACCUGAAGCUAAACAACCUGGCUUUUUCACAGAAAGGCAUGGCUUUGGUUCUGAAACAUCAACCAGCACCAAUGCAACAAGGUCCUCAAAUGAAUGCACAAUUACACUAUUAGAAGCUCGAUAA